AUGAUGGACGAAAGCUCAGCACGUUUUCACCCGAAACGAGGGAGGAAUACUCGUGGACUGCGUCAACAUGAAUAUAAUAUAAAAGCUGAACGGCUGCAGUACAACGAUUUUCAUCCGUUCUCAUCUGCUCAAGAUCCUCUUGAACAUACUUUAGUAUCGCCUGCCUAUGGAGUUGACAAUGCCACUGCUGAAUCUCCGAUUGAUUUACAUGAAGAUGCAAUGAUGCCUGAUCCAUUCACGGAUUCUUUGUUACCCCUUUCCACAGUCGAUCUCGCUUCAGCUGGCUCUUCACCCAUAAAAAGAAACUCAAGAUCAGAGGGAUUAUUUCAGAAGACUGGUAUCUCCUCUGGUCCCUUGUCAAUUGCUCCACUCGCUCUACCGCCACCACAACCACCGGUAGCCACUGCAGCCGCUGCAGCUGCCGUUGUUUUUUCUAAUCUCUUCUCCGCCACAUUUCGUAUGCACCAGCCGCAUCCUGGUACUAGCCCAACUAUCCGCUGCUUCCCUCCAGCACUUCCAUCACUAGAUCCACCUCCUAGUCUUCUGCCCGUAGCUCCUCCACCCCACUGGCUCCGAGUUCGCGGCCAGCAUCCACCACCGCCAGCCUUUCCUGGCGAGUUGGCGCGUCAUGCGGCAUCAUUGUUGACCGUCGAUAACGCCCCUCGCUCGGUCUUUCCUUUUUGGCCUUCUGUCCAUUCUGAGACCGACUUCAACCAUACGAAAUCGGACAUAUCUGCUCAAUUUUUGCCAGUCGAAACCCGUUUGCUCAAUGAGGCAUAUGAGAAAAAAUUGGACCCCGACUCGAUGACCAAUGCUUCUGACUCAAUCGACAAAUUGGAAUCGGCUAGAAUGGCCGACUUGCAUGAUACUGCGAACAUGAUUGACACGUCUAUAUCAGAAUCAGCCUUUCCAGAUGAAACGAGCCGGAGUCCGGAUCAUAUUCCAUAUUUUGACUCUGAUCUUAAGCUAGAUGUAACCGGCUAG